AACGCGUCCGACAUACUGACUGGGGCUAUGUAUAACACGUGGUUACACUUCUCUGUCUGCGACCACUUCUUUCAGGUAUGAAUCGACGACAUGGAAUGGAGAGCAAGCUCGGGGUCGGUGGCGGCACAGUUAGCAUAGAGGCUCAGAACAAUCUCGAUAGAGCCGAAGAUUUAUGCCGCAGAAAGAAGCCACGGAAAGCUUUGCCUUUCCUUCUAAAGGCUAUGGAGGAUGGGAACAACUUGGAUGCUUUCAUCCAGGCUGCUUACCUUUUUCCUCUGCCGGAAGCGCUGAAGGCACUGGAGAAUGCUGAGGCCAAGGGCAAAGAAGGCUUGAAACAGCUUUUGGGCGCAACCUGUUUCGAUGAUGGCAGCAAGGAAGUUGGAAAGUUCCAUAGCAUCCUUGAAACGCGCCCGUACAUGCGCGUCCUACAGGCUCAAGUCCGACUUUAUUUUGAAGCCGGCCAGUUUGGUAAAUCUUCUGACACUAUGAUUGAGAUGCUGCGUCUGUGCCCGGGAGAUAACACGUCACAACGAACGUGGCUCGGAUCUAUGCUCCUAUGUGCAGGUCGAACAUCUGAUGCCUUGUCGUUCGUAAAACAGUGGCUUGCCCAUAAUCGGCGACAGACACCUCCACGAGGUGGAACCGUAUUUCAAACUCCUUCCUCGGAUUGCCUGACAUCCGAGCACGAGCAAGCACUGCUGAAACGCGCCGAUGGAUCGAUGCUGCACACAGCAGCUUUGGCCUGCUUUAGAUUGUGGGGUGAUUGCCCUGUUGCUCGACAGUACCUUCGAAUAGCUGCUCGUGCCAACCCCAUUAUCCUGACCAAAAUUCUGGCAAAAAUAGAAAAGCCUCGCAGCCUGAAUCACAACCCUCGUGGAUUCAAUAGUCCCGAGGAGGCUCAGGAUUAUCUUUGGCUGACCCAGAACCUGUGGAUGGACCCGGUGGUAUGGGAGUGGGCAAAUAAUAACAUGGACGCCAAGAAAGAACUUCUGAGGAGUUGUUCAAAUGUUAACUGCAAUGCUGUCGAACAGAAUGUUACGCAGUUCAAGCGAUGUGCGGCAUGCAAAGAAGUGGUUUACUGUACCCAGGAAUGCCAGAAGAGCCACUGGAAAGCUCAUAAACCAACAUGCAAGCAGCAAAAACAACUGAAAGAUAUGGUUCGUGCUUACCAAAAAGGCAAGCCGAUACCAGAUGGCGCGCAUAUGGCCUCCGCGGAUUUUGCUAAUGGCAUGUCCUUCAUUAACUGGGCCUAGCCAUAGCCAUCGGAGGGUCUCAUUACAUUCCAGUUUUUAUGUUACCGACCAUAUUGUACAUUAAAAUUCAUAACGGGUUAUCGCACAAGAUGCUCAGGUACUCACAGACAGUCGCCCGAAAUCACAAUGAACGUAAGAGUAUGGGACGACGUCAUCAUGCA